AGAAUUUUUAGUCAGUUUGUCAGCAGCAACCAGUUGUACGAUUGUUGCACACAGUUUGGGACAUACCGUGAGAUGACGGUUCAAGGUGUGUCUUAUUCCCCUACACAGCCUGUAUCUCCUCAGAGGAGUAUAGGAGAGUCUACAGGGUCUACAGCAGCAGAAACCAUACCUUCAAGUCAUGCACUGAAAGCUACACCAACAUCGAAUGAUCCACCCAAGCUUUCACUUCUACAUAAAUUCAUUACCAAUUGGCUAAUCAUGGAUCCUGCUCUACUAGACAAGUAUAAACAUACAUAUGAGGAGAAUGUUGUCAACUCGUCUACAAGACAGAGUCGACGAAGGAGACAUAUACGGAACUACCAAAUUCAGAAACAUAAAGAUAUGAAAUACAUAUACUUUUUUGGCGGAAGGUUUCGUACAAUUAAAGCAAUGCCGAUUACAAUAUUGACUGGUGCGGCCAUAGUUAUACCCAGUGUGCUAUUUUGGAUCUUUGAAGCGAGUUGGAUAUGGCAUAAUAUCCAUCCGGCCGCAGUUAUAAUGUUGAGUUAUAUCUGUUGGUUAUGUUUUAUGUUCUACUUUAAAUCGUCAACUUCGGAUCCAGGAGUCGUCCCGAGAAAUAUCCACAUUCCUAAAUCGCUAACCAGCAACACUGUCAAGUUGCCUCCCGAGGAGUACUUCAAUACUAUAAGUCUACCAGGACAUAACCAUUGCAAAGUUCAAGUCAAAUAUUGUCCCACUUGCCAUAUCUGGCGGCCUCCGAGAACUAGUCAUUGCAGUGUAUGUCAAGCUUGCAUUAUAAGUCAUGAUCACCAUUGUGUAUAUCUAAACAACUGUAUUGGCGAGAGAAAUUACCGGUACUUCUUGUGGUUUUUGUUAACGGCUGUGUUAUCCUGUUUGUAUAUGCUAAUUAUUACCAUUGUCCAUUUGUGUUAUUAUAGAAUAGUUUCGAGUGACAUCACGACAUUUGGUCACUCUGUCAAGAAAUACCCCGUGGCAUUGUUACUAUUCAUUUAUUCAGUUCUUGCUCUAAUAUACCCUUUUCUACUACUACUAUUCCACAUAUUCCUAACAGCCCAGAAUUUAACCACAAGAGAAUACCUCAACUAUGUCUACAAAAGAAGAAACAACACCUAUGUCAACGUAUUUGAUACCCACAAUAUCUUUAAAAACCUAUAUAUCAAUUGGUUGGGUAAAUCAAGCGGGGUAGCCUUGGUUCGACCUCGAGAUAAAUAUGAACCGGGUGAUCUACGCUUUGAACAAGUACUUCCUUUAGAAUUGUUUACCAAAGAGUCAUAACUUCGUAUAGAAAUAGAAAAGUCGUAAGGUU